AUGCUCGAAACCAUUCCCCAGCAGUCUUUACAGCUUCAGUAUACUCCUCAAACACCUCAACAAGGCUACGAUUGUCGUCAGUACAGCGGUCGAUUCCCGUAUACCCCGACAUCUCCUUCGCCGCUCGGAUUCCGCAAUGUGAAUGCUCAAGCGGCCAUAUUCCCGACUAUGACCGAGCGCGACCUCAAUAAAUCAGAGGGAUUUCAAGACCAAGAGAAUGCCUCAUAUUCGCCCUUCGAUAAGCAACACAGUGACAGCAACAACAGCAAACCGUUCUCUUUUUCUGCAGCAUACAACACCAUCACACCCCCUAACCGGCGCUCAACAUACGAAGAACGAUUCAGAAAGUCCGGUGGCUCCACUAACGCCUACUCACGAAUCUUCGGCUCUCCCUCAAGCGCCAGCAACACUCCCAACAAUGACACUUCCACAUCCUCCAAACAUCGACAACUCUUCCUCAACCGCGUGAAACAGAGCCGUGACGAUGCGCGAUUUGGUUCGCGCGGCGAGUCACUGAUGAUGAUGGAAUAUCGCUCUGAACAACAGUCAUGGGACGAGCGGAUGCGUCAACGAGCGGAUACGCUUUCACAGCAAUAUCACAUUGAGGACGGCGAAAUCCUGAAUGAAGAACUCAAUAAUGAUUAUGAGGACAAUGAUAUGAUGCUUGACUCUGAACAGUCGGCCCUUGAGGAGUUUAUCAUGCAAGAAGAGGGCGUCGAUCCGGCGCUUAUAGAGAAUCUUACCAAUGGCGAUGAUCAUAAGCGCUCGCCGGCAAAGAGUGUUCGGAGUGAUGGAUCAUUGUUUGGUAGCGAUGACUGUGACUACGAGGAUAUUUUCAUGGACCUGGUUGACUGA